CUUCAGCGUAGCGGAGAGGGUGGUGGUAGCCGCUGAGGUGGCUGUGGAUUCGUUGUGUUGGGGGUUUCUGGCAAAACUGAGCCCCACCUGGAGGCUCUGAGUAGGUUCCGGGUAUCGAGACCGAGGCUGCCGGCGCACAGAGUACCUGAGGAAGAAGGGUUUGCAGAACAAUGGAAUAUAUGGCAGAAUCCACCGACCGCAGCCCUGGACACAUCUUGUGCUGUGAGUGUGGUGUUCUGAUUAGUCCAAAUCCAGCCAAUAUUUGUGUGGCGUGUUUGCGAAGUAAAGUAGACAUCAGCCAAGGCAUUCCGAAACAGGUCUCGAUUUCCUUCUGCAAACAGUGUCAAAGAUAUUUUCAGCCACCAGGAACUUGGAUACAGUGUGCUUUAGAAUCCAGGGAACUUCUUGCUUUGUGUUUGAAAAAAAUCAAAACCCCUCUGAGUAAGGUACGACUUGUAGAUGCAGGUUUUGUUUGGACUGAGCCCCAUUCUAAGAGACUUAAAGUUAAACUGACUGUUCAGAAAGAGGUGAUGAAUGGUGCUAUCCUUCAGCAAGUGUUUGUAGUAGAUUAUGUUGUUCAGCCCCAGAUGUGUGGAGAUUGCCACAGAGUAGAAGCAAAGGAUUUUUGGAAAGCUGUAAUUCAAGUCAGGCAAAAGACCUUGCACAAAAAAACUUUUUAUUAUCUGGAACAGUUGAUUUUGAAAUAUGGAAUGCAUCAGAACACACUUCGUAUCAAAGAGAUUCAUGAUGGCUUGGAUUUCUAUUAUUCUUCCAAACAACAUGCUCAGAAGAUGGUAGAAUUUCUUCAGUGCACAGUUCCUUGCAGAUACAAAGCAUCACAGAGAUUGAUCUCUCAGGAUAUCCAUAGUAACACAUACAAUUACAAAAGCACUUUUUCUGUGGAAAUUGUUCCAAUAUGCAAGGAUAAUGUUGUCUGUUUGUCUCCAAAACUGGCACAAAGCCUGGGAAAUAUGAACCAGAUUUGUGUGUGUAUUCGAGUAACCAGUGCCAUUCAUCUCAUAGAUCCAAACACUCUACAAGUUGCAGAUAUUGAUGGUAAUACUUUCUGGAAUCACCCUUUCAAUAGUUUGUUCCAUCCCAAACAGCUAGAGGAGUUUAUUGUGAUGGAAUGCAGCAUAGUCCGAGAUCUAAAACGCAACGCAGGUGCUGGAACAAUAUCCAAAAAACAUACCCUUGGAGAAGCCUGGGUACAGAAAACAUCUGAAAUGAAUACAGAUAAACAGUAUUUUUGUCGUACUCAUUUGGGACAUCUUCUAAAUCCUGGAGACUUGGUGUUAGGGUUUGAUUUGGCCAACUGUAACUUAAAUGAUGAGCAUGUCAACAAAAUGAAUGCAGAUAAAGUCCCAGAUGUGGUAUUAAUCAAGAAGAGCUAUGAUCGUACCAAACGUCAGCGACGUAGAAACUGGAAACUGAAAGAGCUUGCAAGAGAUAGAGAAAACAUGGAUACAGAUGAUGAAAGGCAAUACCAAGAUUUCCUUGAAGAUCUUGAAGAAGAUGAGGCAAUUAGAAAAAAUGUCAACAUUUACAGAGAUUCAACCAUCCCUGUGGAAAGUGACACAGAUGAUGAAGGAGCACCUCGAAUUAGUUUGGCUGAGAUGCUUGAAGACCUUCACAUUUCCCAAGAUGCGACUGGUGAAGAAGGUGCAUCAAUGAUGACAUAAUGAGAUCAUGUUGUAGACUGUUUCCACAUCUGUGGACUUCAGGGAGUUGGACAAAAUAAUCUUUUCUGUCUAUUCCAUCUGUGCCUCCAUAUUGAAAGAGGAGAAAUUUAGUUUUAAACCUAAAUAAAUACAGGUAUUUUUAUUUCUCAAAGCACUAAAAAAAGACUUUUAAGUUGAAGAUAACAAAAGAAUAUGGAGAAUAUAAUUAUUAUUGAUAUUUAGGCCAUUUCUGAGCUUGUUGAAUUUUGUCACUUUUUUUUUUUUUAAUAUGAGGCACGGUAGCAUUUUCACAUACUGUAGUGCUGGAUUUGGAACUUAAAAGUUGUGAUUCCUUGGACCUUAACUAGAUCUUCAAGUGUAAAAUAAGCUUUUACAUUCUUUUUGCAUUGAUUGUUUUGUCAAAGAGCAUAUGAAGAAUAAGUUUUAAUAUGAACUGUUGUUGACUUUGAUCAUUUUUAUGUCCUUGGAGUAGAGAAAUUAGGGUCCAGUUCAUUACUAGACAUUCAGCAGGGGAGUUAAUCUUUUUUUAAUUUCUUCAUAAAGUUAAUAUCUUCAAAAGCUGUUAAACUUAGAUUUAUUUUGAUUUUUAUUGCAGUAGAAUAAACUGUAUUUAAAAUAUUUGUGGAUUUUGAGCAGCAGUCUCAUUAUUUAAAGGCGAAAUAAAAUUUGUGUUUUGUUAUUUUUGCCUGUGCCAGAAGCUUAGGGCAUUGGCUGCCAAAGUCAUAAAAAUGUCUUCUUACCUUUUCAAGGAUUUUCUUUUCUAAUUGUGACUUAGAAAUUGCGAAGAAAAGAAUUUGUUCUCCAUAAAUUUCUAUCAUUGAACACAUCACCAUCCAAAAAAUAACAGAUCCCAGCAUAUAGAUGAUGAAGUAAUAAAAAUGAGCUACAUGCUUUUAACACCGUGAAUCAGAUUCGAAUGAGGAAUGCCUUCUACAUCCUUCAAAGAAAAACCUUAGCUUAGGUUUCAGAGUUUUCUGAGAAUGAAGUAUUACAUUCUUACUUUUGUACAUAAGAUCAGACUUGGUAAUUAUGCCAGAAUGAAGAGCUAAUUCAUCAGUUCUAUGUAUAUCCCUAAAUAGAGAGAUUGAGCAGUGCUUUAUGGAACAUUUUCUUUUAAGAUUGGAUUCCCUUUUUGUAAAAUUAUGAAUAAAAGUCCUGAAGCUUC